CCUCCAAGCCACAUCGUACGAAACAGUACGACUCAGCGUCAUGGCCGCCUCUCCUUCUCCCGCUCCCACUCGCAAGUCUGCUCGAUCGGCGGCUCGCAAGGAGUCGCGCGAGUCUGACGGCGGCCCGAAGCAAGAGAGCGACGAGGAAAAGGAGAAUGACAAGAUGGCCAGCUCCUCUCGUCGACGCUUAUCAUCGUCGUCGGCCGCCUCCUCGAGCAAGCAUACAGAGACUGCCCUGCUCCAGCCUCAGGCCCCCUACCCAGCCGUUGAAGCCAAGAUCAACGACUCGAUCAUCUACGCUUUCUUCCGAUACUGCGCCGAGAGGCACAAGAUUUACCACCGCAAGGAGGCAGGAGUUCCAGCAGCAGAGCUCAGCGAGGAUCAGCUCUUCGUCAAAGGCAGAUACGGCAAUGUCUUCCGUCAGCUCGACCGUGGCAGUGCCUUUGUGCGUGACAACAUCAUCAACAAGGGCGACCAGUCCAACGACGAGAUUUGCUUCCGCGUCUUUCUCUACAAUGUCUUUUCAAACACAGAGACCUACGCGCGAUGGGAGAAGGAGCUUGGCGAAGUGCCGUCGCUCAAGAACUUUGACGUCGCAGCAUACACCAAAAUCCUCGACCCAGUCGUAGCGGCUGGCGGGCGUAUCUACUCGAGCGGCUUCCAACUUGUUCCUCCCACCAAUGUCUUUCCCAAGAUGAGCGGGCACGCCGCCUCCCUCCGCCUGCUCAAGCUCAUGGUCGACGUAGGCUUGGCUGAGAGGAUCCAGAAGUGCAAGUACAUCGUCGAUGCCAGCGCGCUUGUGCAGACGCUUCCCACGCUCGGCGGCUUCCUAUCACUCAACCUACUCUGCUACCUCAAUGAGAGCCCUCACAUCAACCUCGAGUACCGCGACUGGGCUUCAUGCGGGCCUGGAGCUCGAGAGACGCUCGCAAAGAUCUUUGGACACUCUGUCAUCAAUUCAGUCGCCAUGGAGGAGGCCGGGCUUCUCUGGCUCAAGGAGAAUCAGUGGCGCUACUGGGCUCGCCUCGGUGAGGAUCCUCCUCAAUGCCCUGGCAUCCCGCCUGGUAUGCGUGUGCUUGACUUUGAGAACGCCCUGUGCUGGCAUCAUCGCUACAUGGCCGCUCAGCGUGCUCAAGGCAUCCCCUUCUCGGCUAAUCCCGAAUACGAUGCUGCAGUCACCGACAUCUCCGUUGACCCUAGCAAGAUCGCUGCCUUCGAGGAGAGCGAGACCGAGAAGGCCGAGGGGGCAGUCGAGAGGGCAGUCGAGAGAGCAGCCGAGGAGGUGCCAGCAGCAAGCGCAGGCCCAGCAAGCGCAGGCUCAGCUCAGAAGGAUGACAAGACGGGAGGUCAUGAGGCCGAAGGGGCGGUAGAGAUGGGGGUCGAGUCAGGGGCAGAUGACACAGGUCCAUCCGGAGGCGAGACGGGCGGAGGGUCCGAACAGAUAGAGGCCGAACAGAAGGCAGUAGGUGCAGGUUCGUCCGAAGGCGAAAGGGAGGAAGUAAUGGAAGUCGAAAUGAAGGUGGAGGAGGGAGACUCGUUGAAGGAACAACGAGGAUGCGAGGAAGACUCGACUGAGGAGCAGCGUGGAGGGCAGCGAGACGCGUCCGAGGAGCAGAGCGAAGGCGUCUACGAGAUUGAGAAGAUUGUCAACCGUCGUCCCAACAGCAACAGCAUCUUCCGCGUCCGCUGGGCCGGCUACCCUCCCGAGGUGAGCGAGCGCGGUGCUUCAAUGACGAGACGCCGAGACGCAGUGAGCUGACCUGGUCACCCUCGCUAACACGCCGCUAGGACGAUACCUGG